AUGUCCGAAACUCACGAAACUAUCAUCAUAGUCGGAGCAGGCAUCGUCGGCUCCGCCCUAGCCCACUUCCUCUCAUCCUCCUCACCAACAACCCCGCGAACAAUCACCAUCAUCGACCGCUCCUUCGGCCCCCUCCUCGGCUCAACAGGCCACGCGCCCGGCUUCGUCGGCCAGUUCAAUGACUCUCCAGUCCUCACCAAGCUAGCCAUCGACUCCGUAUCAGAAUACACCAAGAUCCCCGGCGGCUUCGACACCGUCGGCGGCCUGGAAAUCGCCUUCCAGCCCGCGGGCUGCGAGCGCCUCAAGACGCGAUGCGCAGCUGCCGCGCAGCACGGCCUAGCCGCUGAGAUGCUGAGCCUGGAAGAAGCACAUACACUCGCCCCGGAACUCGUCAGAGAAGAAGGGUCUCCGGGGGCCGGGGCUGCAGUCUUAUUCCCUACCGACGGAACCGCCGACGCAUGCAGAAUCACCUCAUUCUACCAAGACUCUGCAAAGAAAGCAGGCGUCAGCUUCCUACAAAGCUCUGUCGACAAGCUCCUCUUCACAUCAGACGGCCGCAUCAAGGGCGUUCAGGUCCUCAACCUCGGCUCCGUACAGCAACUCGACGCCGACAAAGUCAUCCUCACAACGGGCAUCUGGGCCCGCGACCUCUGCCGCGACCUCCCCUUCCCCGUCCCCGUCAUCCCCGUCGGACACCCCUACAUGCACGCCCGCACCCAAAGCAACCCCCUGCCGCCUCCUCGCGAAAACCCGCUGCCGUUCGUGCGCUGGCCGGAGCACCACGUCUACGCCAGAGACCACGGCACCCGCUACGGCAUCGGAAGCUACGACCACCCGCCCGUGGGCUGCGCGCCCAACGCAGAAGACGGGACCGCGAUUGGGGUCUGGAUCCCUGAUUUCCGGCAGACGCUCGAGGCCGCUAGAAAAUUGCUACCUCCUGCGACUGCGGCGGAAUUUGAGGAGAAUGGGAGUGUGGGUGAGAGUCAGAGCAAGAGCAGGAGCUUCAAUGGGAUCUUUUCCAUGACGCCUGAUAAUAUGCCGCUUGCUGGCGCGGUGAGGUCGGUGCCUGGGUUGCACAUGGCUGUUGCGGUGUGGGUUACGCACGCUGCUGGGACGGCCAAGUUUUUGACUGGGCUUCUUAAUGGGGAGGAGGUCAAUCAGGAGACGCUGAAGGCUCUUGAGCCGGAGAGAUUUGCUGGGCGGGACUUUGCGACGCUGGAGGAGGAGUCGCUUUGUGGGUAUAAUUCUAUCUAUAAGACUGUGGCCAAAUAG